CAUGCGCUGGGCACGGUGGGGCGGUUUCUGGCUCAUGCGCAGUGUCGGCGGCGGCAGUGACAGCGAGUGAGGGGCCCAGGAGCACCCGGAUGGCGGCGACCGGGUCGAGGAAGCCGAGCUCCCCACGGGACUCGGAGUCGGAAGUCUGGUCCCGCCGCGUGAGGGAGCUUGUCAGCUCCGAGCCCGCCAGCCGCCUCUGCUUCGAGUGCGGCCAGCGCGGUGUCACCUACGUGGACAUCACCAUAGGCAGCUUCGUCUGCACCGCCUGCUCGGGGGCGCUCCGUGGCCUGAAUCCCCCUCACCGGGUCAAAUCUAUCUCCAUGACAACCUUCACGGAGAGCGAGGUGCAGUUCCUGCAGUCCCGUGGGAAUGAGGCCUGUCGGAAGAUCUGGCUGGGCACCUUUGACUCGCGGACGUCUUCGCUGCCAGAUUCCCAGGACCCUCAGAAGGUGAAGGAGUUUCUGCAGGAGAAAUACGAGAAGAAGCGAUGGUACCUCUCACCAGAGCAAGCCAAGGGGCUGCCCUCUCUGACUUCCCAGAGUUCCAUGACAGAGGUCAAGACGCUGCUGGGAGACUCGGGAGCAUUGCCUACGGCGGCCAAGCCUAGCCAGACCACGGACCAAGGCCCUCAGCCAGCCAAGAAGGGCAGCACAGACCUCCUGGCUGACAUUGGGGGGGACCCUUUUGCUGCUCCUCCGCCCGGAACUGCUUUUACAGCCUUCCCCGCUUUUGGGGGCCAGAUGCCAACCCACAUCGCCUUCACUACUUUUGAUGCCUUUGGCAGAAGUCCUGCAGGAAUGGUGUUUGGGGACACGUCAGCUUCGAGCCACAGCCCUUUCCAGAGCCAGCCCAUUGUAGCAGGGAGUAGCCACAUGGGCGGAUUCCCUGCCUCUCCUGCCAGCCAACCAGGGGCAGGCAUUCCAGACAAAGGCGGGGCCUUCAGAGUGGGAGGAGUUCCAGGCAGUGUCUUUGGGACCCUCAGCCAAUCGCCUGUUCUGCCCCCGCCCAGCCCAGCCGCGGCCUAUGGGGCCUGCACCAACCCCUUUGCUGCAUCUGCUGUUGCUCAGCCCACACUGCCUUCCACGAACCCCUUCCAAACCAACGGUGUGGCCCCAGGCGCCUUCGUGGUAGGGUCUCCCAGCAGCUUCUCUGCCUCCCCUCGCUCCGGCAUCUUUGCACCCGCACUGCAGCAGCAGCAGCAGCAGCAGCUGCCUCUUUUCCAGCCACAAGCGAUGCUGGGUCAACAGCAGAAUGGUGGGUCCCCCUUCAGUGGAUUUCCUGGCACCAAACCCGGGCCAAGGCCCCUCGGGCAGCCAGUUGGCAUCUCUACCAACCCUUUUGUGGCCCCACAGAUGGCCACAGCACCGGCUGGUCCUUUCACCCUGGCAAAACAUCCCCCCACCAACCCUUUCUUAUAGCGCUGGCCCUGAACAGAUGCCGGAGGAGACCCCAACUUCCCUCCAAGAAUGUGUGUGUGUGUGUGUGUAGGAGAGCGUUGUCUCUGCCACUCGGGCACUUUACUCUUCUAGUCCCUGGCUCCGCCUGGACAGGGACAGGCACUUAAGUGCUUUUACUAUUGGCCAUUAUGAGGGGGCCUGGCCCCAAAGCAACGCAUGAUGGGACUUGUAAGGCAGCUGAGCGGGGCACUUACUGGAAAUCAGGCAGUGAUACACACUGGGGAGAAAAGUGGGGGGAGGGGGAAAGAUAGCCCCAAGCUAGAGAGAUGAGGUGGUGUCCCUCUUAGCAGUGGGACUCCAUGUCUAGAAGAGAUCACUCAGCAAUGCAUGCUGGGAAAACAGGAAGUCCUUGACACUGAGCCUUCUCUGACCAAGGGGCUUCUUUACAGCAACCCUCUGCUUGCCCCUCAGUCCCUCCAGCCUCCCAACAGCCCUUGCUGUUGGUGGAUCUGGAUUGUCAAGGGGGAAAGAAGGGAGUUCAGGUUUUUUUCUUUGCAUGGAUCCGUCUGCCUUCCCCUCCCCUCCCCCAGUGGCACUUGUGGCAUUCUCCUUGGCCUUUCCUGGGCUCCCUUGCUGGCCCUUCAACCCAGUGGGCGUGGAGAGGCUUCCAGGCCUUCUUCUCUAGGGCAAAGGUGCCCCAAAGGGGGAAGUAAGAGAGGCUUCCUGCUUUGAAUCCUCUUCCCACACUUGUUGUCCUCUUCCUCUCAUGAUUUUAUUGCACUAGGUGGGGAGAGGGAUGUGGAGAAGGGUUGGCUCUUGCUUCACGUACUGAGUACGAGCACUAGCCUUCACUUCCCAGUCAGCUGCUCUACACACACGCACACACGCUGCUUGUGAGCAGAGGAGGGCUGGAGCAAUAAUGAUGCCAGGCCACACUGAUGGAAGCCAAGCGCCUUGAGUGGCCAGUCCCCAGCUCAGUGUGGCUUCUGGAGCAAUGGAGGUGCCAGGUUGACCCACACCACAACAGCCCUCGUCUCUUGAGAGCAAAAGCGUUUCAGAGUGUUUCCUUCUGCUGCCCUUAUUCCAGGCAUGGGGAGCCUUUGGCCCUCUAGAUGUCCCAUCAGUCCCUGCAUCAGGCCUGACCAAUAGCCAGGGGUGAUGGGAGCUGUAGUUCAGCAACAUCUGGAGAGUCAAAGGUUCCCCACACCUGCCCUACACAGAAAGCAGGAAAAGUAGAGGUUGGCAGGGGCCUUUUUGCACAGGUUUGGCCUAGGCUUCUGGUUCUGUGCUUUCAUGCAAAACUCAGAAAGGUUGGGAAACUGGACUUUGCAAAGAGUUCUGCCCCUUGGCCUUGCAUUGUGUGGAUUCCUUUUGCCUGUCUUGUGGCCCGCUGGGCAUUCCUCACAAGCUCUGUAGGGAUACUGACUUCUUGAGGGAAGGCCCUUGGGAAAAACCCGGGUGAAGUCUCAGAUUCAUCCUGACAAGUGCAGAUGGUGAUCUCUCCACCCCCACCCCUGCUGAGACGGGCUCAGAGUUGUCUCUGUUUGUCUGAGCACUGACCCUCAGCAAAUAUGCCCCUACUCUGCCUCCCUGUGAUGUCCAGAUUUUCCAGUCCCACCCUAGGGAACCCCAGAAAGCCCCCUUGAGUUCUUCUACCAGCCUCAUCUGGUCAGACAGUGCCUGUUGAGUCCAGCUGCUUUUUAUGCUGCCCAAUUUUAGAAAGCAAAAGCAAGGCUUGUUUUUCUUUUUGUGUGUGUGUGAUUUCAGGAAAUCUGACCAAAGCUAAGUCUCAGUAACUGUUUCUAUUUGAUUGAAAGCAGGAAAUCAGAAGUGGGUGGAAAUGUUCUUGCUGAAUCUUAAUGUCUGGGAGCAGAAAAUUGUGGCUUUGUUAAACAAAAGGCAGUAGUCCUUAUUUUGUUUGUUAAUUGUGCUGUAGCUCUUACUACUUUGCACUCCCCUCUCCUCAUCCUUCGUCCGAACACUUUUCACCCUAUGGCUCUUUCCAAAGGUCAUGAGGAUCCCCUCGCGGUAUUUUACCUGUCCGAGGUGCCCAUGUCAGCCGGGGCUUGUUUUUGUAACCCCUAAUCUCUCCCCUAAGAAAGAAGGGAUUGCUCCUUAAGGAAGACUGGAGUUUAUAUUUUCAAGAUAAAUAUGGACUACAUUUUUAAAGAUAUAUAUAUCUAUAUGCUCACAAAAUAUAUAAACAACAAGACGUUGCACUCAAAAUGUCUAUAAAUAUAUGAAAUAUCUAUUUAAAAACAA